AACCGUAAACAUUUUCAAUAGCUUAGGGGGUCAGUUUCAAUAUGGCUGCAUACAUUGAUAGAGAAUGCUUCUCCGAUGCUCACAAUGGCCGGCCCAAAACAGGACAAAAUAGCAUGAAACAAGCUUUGGGCAUUGGACCCAAAUGUGUCUUGGUAGGGGUUUUACUAAUCUGCAUGGUUCUUUUUGUAGCAGUUGACUGCAACGAUGCAUCUCAGAAAUCUGCCACGCCCCAAAAGGUGCCUCAACCCAAACCGAAAAAGCAACCUCAACCCGAACUGAACAAGCAGCCCGCACCACUGGCUGAUACAGCCGUCACCAACAAACCUAGCGUCGCAACAGAGGCCAGCAGUCGGGACCGCGACCACAUCUUCGACACUUUGAAUCUACACCGGGAGGGAAUUCUCUUGGACGGGGAUUUCGUAAAGAGAAGCAUCGAGAAGAUGAAGAAGAUUUAUCAUAAAGCGAUCGGGCCGAUGGCAGAGGCGUACAAGUUUCAGGAUAUGGGGGACUCAACACUAUCAGACGGAGAGCUGGAAGCCAAGCCGAUGGUUUUAUUCCUUGGACCUUGGAGUGCUGGUAAAUCAACAAUGAUUAACUACUUGGUUGGAUUGGAAGAUGAGCAAAAACUACCCACAGGAGCUGAGCCAGUUACAGCUGACUUCACUGUUGUGAUGCACGGGAAGCAGUACCGUACAGUGGAAGGACUUGUCCUGGCCACUGACAGCAAGAGAUCCUUCGGCAGCCUGGAGUUGUUUGGCAAUGUAUUCCUGGAGCGUUUCUUCGGCAUUGAGUACCCGCACAAGCUGCUUCAGAAGGUGACCCUUGUCGACACCCCUGGAAUCAUCGAGAACCGCAAACAACAAGAGCGUGGCUACCCGUUCAACGAGGUCUUGGAAUGGUUCAUGGAUCGCGCCGACUUGAUAUUCGUUUUCUUUGACCCGACAAAGCUUGACGUUGGCACCGAGCUGGAAUCAACGUUCAAACGAUUGAAAGGACGGGAGUCGCAGAUUCGUAUCAUCUUGAAUAAAGCCGACACCAUCGCGCCAAACGAGCUGAUGCGAGUGUAUGGCGCCCUCUUCUGGAACCUUGCCCCUCUCAUAAACGUUACGGAACCCCCACGAGUCUACGUGGGUUCUUUUUGGAAUAAGAAGUUUCAGCCAAACACCUACCAAGAUCUCUUUCUUGAAGAGGAAAAGUCACUCCUGAUGGAUCUUAACAACAUGAUAGAAAAUCAACUGCACAACAAGAUAGCCAUGUUGCGCCGUCGCGCCAAGGCAAUCCGCACUCACGCUUUUAUCGUUAACGAAUACCUUCAGAAGUUCAACCGCAAUAGACCCAUGUCUCUACUAGGCAACCCGGAGGACACAAUGCGUGAUAUUGUCCAGAACCCGGGGAAAUAUAACAUAUUUAAGACCGUCCUGGCAAGGGCCAAUAUCAGUAAAUAUGACCUCCCCGAUCCGGAAGAAUUUAAGAACUUCUUUGCCAUUAAUCCCAUCGAUGUUUUCAAGCCCAUUGAGUCCCAGUGUGGGUUCUUCUCAGGCUGCUUGUUGGAAAACAUUGAGAUUGCUAUUUCUACCGAUCUACCGAAACUACUUGAAGAAAUCCAGAAUGCUUCGGAUUUAAGUGGGGAGUGUAGCAAAGGGGGAAGAUGCAACGAGCCCAAGAAAAACUUGUACGCAAAACCGUAAAACUAGUUGAGCUGCAUGUUGAUUGUUGUGAAUGAGUUGAUUAAAGGAAAAUUAUUAUUUCAAAUAGGAAAUACUUAAGUCACUUUCAGUACUCGGAUGGAUUUGUUACUUUUUCCAGAGAAAAUCUGUCAAAAAGUAACUGGUUAGACAUCAAUAGAAUACCUUAAUUCGUCCAAUUUUCAAUUGUGGCUUCAUUUUUUACAUAAAUCUUUAAGUAAGUCAACUCUUUUUCUUAAAAUUAUAUAUUUACAUCUACACAAAUUCUGCAACAAUAUUCACAUAAGAUUAUAAUUCUCAGUCGAGUAUCUAUGCACGCUAAGGAGUGUUUACCCAUGGCCGUUGGAAAUUGAGUCAAAAAAGAGGACGCUAUCAGAUGAUUGUGCAAAGCACCCACACUACGAAAUGUGUAGGUUGCAUAUUUGACUCACUUAAGUUGCAAACCUUUUUUUGUAACUAGUUCGCAACUUGAGCUCGCAAGUUCAAAACUUGUGGAAGGAGUUACCUAUUCACAAGUUCAACCGUUUAACGCAGAAUCGAGACAGCUGAGGCUAAUAUGUCAGAUUUGUUCUCAACUUUUAAAGUAUUUUAAAAAUGUUUUUAACGGAAAGCUAUUUAGGGAUGAGAAUAAAAGUGUGUUAUAAAGCACCUUCGGCUGUGUAGGCUAGGACAAUAAGUCAAUAUAAGACUUUGUUGCCCAGUGUUUUAGCUAGGAUUUGAAAAGUGGGAGUGCAAAAUGAAAAACAGGGAGUGCAAUAUUUUUAGAGUCCAAAAUUUGUGUGCGAAGCACACAACACGAGCGC